AUGUCCUUCCUAUUCUUGCUAUUAUCACCUCUGUUUCUAACUAUUUCAGCGGAAAGGUACCCGUUUGUUAAGUUUAGAAAGGAUAAGAAACCUCUUCAGAUGUCCCCCAGUUUUUGGUGAAUACGAAUGUCCACUCGGGUUCACUUGUGAGGAGAAGCAGUGCUUCGGAAGGAACAAGUCUCCUUCCACUUCUUGCUCAUUUGAAGUCGAAUGUCGCGAGGGUUUCGUGUGCUCCGAGGGCAAAUGUUAUCCGAUUACUGCGGUCAAAUGUAAUCGGUAACUUUGCAAUCAAUCUGUUUAGAGGAAUUUUCAAAAACUUUUAGCCACGUCCUUGUAGCCGAAGGCUCGGCGCGGAGCAUAGUUUCCGAUUGCGGAAAACACGGAAAAUGUGUGAAUGGCCAGUGCGUUUCGGAUCGUAAGUUUUGGAAAUUUUCCAGAAAUAAAAAUUAUUAUUAUAAUGUUAACGAAAAAAUUAGGCUGCCAAGGAGUGAAUUGUGAGGAAGGAUCGCUUUGUCGGGACGGAAAAUGCGAGAAAGUGCUCGAUUCGUUCUGUAUCGGACACGCGGAUUGUGGGCCGAAUCUGUUGUGUCAGCAGAACAAAUGCCAGCUAAAGUGAGCCUAAGAUUACCGGCUUUUCAGCAAAAAAAGUGGAAGAAUUUAGGCCCCAAGAGCCGAUUUGUAAUUGCCAACCACACGAAAUUUGUCACCACGGACAGUGCUAUCCGAAUACGCGUAAGACCAAUUUUUUUUUAUUUUUAAAUCAGGACAACAGCGGAGAACUCUGCUUUUCCAAGCUAAAAAUUACGAGAAGAAUUCUUGAAACUCGAUUUUAAAUUUAUCGAAAAACCGUGCUUCAAAAUUAUCCAUUCCAGAAUGCACGUCGAUUUACUGCGAGCCGGGCACGUACUGCGUCGAGGGUCAAUGCCUUUCGGCGGUCGGCAAGACGUGUCAGGAUGACACGUGUCACGGCGGAACCGUGUGCAAUCAGGGCGUUUGUGUGCACAAUCCCUGUCCCGGAAGGUUGAGUUUUUAAAGGAGCAUGGAACCCUCCGAGUUGUUGCCACAUUCACUGUCCGAGUCCCAAAAAACGGAACGGCGUGCAGUUAAAGGUGUGGCCUAGAAAACUCGCUUUCUAGGCCACGGCUACAGCUUCAACUGCGCGCUGUUCCGCUUUUAGGGCUCGGACACUGAAUGUGGAAAUAAGAGGCUCGCAGGGUUCCCUGGUCGUUAAAUUUUUUUUUCUCGAAAAUUACCAUUAUUCAGAUGCCCUCUCGAUCAGGAUUGCCGUCUCGGCGAAUGCCGAAUAAUGGAGGGGUUGCCGUGCGUCGGCGAGUGCAAACAUCCGUUCGUUUGCGUCGACGGACGCUGCAGACGCAAUGGUAAUUUUUUGUCUUCCCCCAAACUUUGCAAAAGAGGUCUCGACCGCGGCAGGAUUCGAACCUGCAAUCUUCUGCUACGUAGGCCGACGCGUUAUCCAUUGCGCGCAGGAAGAACGGCAAAAAUGCAACGCUGGCGGAUGUACAUCAAAUCAAAGCGCAAACUCGAGUGCCCAAACGCUCUGCUGGCAAAAAUUCUGAAAAUUGUGUUAAAACACGGUCUCCCACGGCGCGAAUGAUUUCAAUGGGGCGCACUUGCAACAGGCGAGCUGUGUCGAUUUACGCGGCGGCCAAUUAAUUAAUUUUCAACGGGAGUUCGCGUUCUUUCCAUGUUUUCUGUACAAUACACCUAUUUUUUGUACUCCUGGAACCUGGAUUCGAAUAAUUAGAGCACUAGCUACGUUUUGGUAACAGAAAUGUCGCAUAUCGUUGAGAAUUAGCCGAGUUAUUUCGAUUUGAAGGUUUUGGCAUGGAAUUUGAUGUUUUUCGAAUAGUUUUCGAAAACUGCUCAAGAAAACUAACCGCCGGAACCUGAAUUUUGUGAAGAAAAAUUCAGCGAACAUUUUUAUUGUUCGUUGGGCUCAUGAAAUGCAAAAUGAGCUGAAAUAUAAAGGUUUGAAGUUUUGACGAAAUGCGAAAAAGACGCUAAAAACAUGAAAAACGCUAAAUUCUGUAAAGAACGGUUUCCAAUCAGUAAAAUAUUGUUUUCUAGACGUUUUUCAAGUCAAAAAGAAAGAAAUAAAGGUCGUAAACUCGAAUUGAACUGCAUUUUUAGACGUGCAAAUAUUCAAAAGUUACAACGACACUCCGCAAUUUACGAGCGCACUGUGUUUAGCAUUAGCGCCCCCUGGGAGACCGUGCCGAGUAGACGCUGAUUAGCCAAAAAUCAGUAAUCUGCCAGUGAAAAGUCACUGGCGCGGGGUAACUCUUCAAUUUCAGAUUUAAAAACAGUUCCCGAGAACCGAAAAGCACCAAUUAAAGAUGGCAAUUUGCUUACAGAUUGUGCCCGAAAAGUGUGUCAAUUGGGCGAGUCGUGCGAGGGCGGCAAUUGCGUCCGCGUCGCCGAUCGUUUUUGCACUUUGGCCAUUCGCGACUGCGGUGAGCACUUUUCGUGUCACGAGAACAAGUGUGUCGACGAGAUGCAGGCAUUGAAGGGAUAA